GCCAGCCAUAGUCCAGCCAUCUCGCCAUCGUACACCUCUGCGCGGCCGCCAAGGCCUUGUGACUCCGCAAAAAUCUCGGUGUUUUCUUGGUAGACAACCACUCCGGUUCCAACACGUCGCAUCCCGUGUAGUUUCCUGAGGGAUCCAUCAGAGUAGGCCAGAAGGUGCUCGGGAUUGUCCGCAAAAGCACUUAUCCGUUCCUUGUGUCUCUCUGCAGCCUCCUCCUUCUCCACCCCAUUCGAGGAUUUUUCUAGCCGCAUGCGAUCACCAAACUUGCUUGCUGUCUGGCCCCAUGGGGGUUAAGGAAAGGGAGGAUCCGUUCGCCGUGGGGAUUGGUGUGAUGGGCAAGACGUUCCAGUACCGGAGGGGGCUGAUGUGGUUUCUGGCCAUUGCGCCAUGUGUUUGGUAGGCGCUCAAUGACCGGGUUGUGUAGGCUGAGCUUGUUGAAUCGAAUCCCGGUCGCCCUAUUGAUGUGGUCCAUUGCAAGUCGGAUUGGGGGCGUAGAUGACUCAAUCUCGAGUGCGUCGAUUGGGGUCGUUCGGAAUGCUG